UCGACAUCUACGGAGGAGCAAAACAGCACGGCAAUUUCUUCUUCUAUUGACCAACGAAUAUCAUUAAGCAGCAGGACUUGCACCAAAACGAAAUCUAUUCCUACAAUGGCUAGCCCGAAUUCCCUUCUACCUGCAAUAUUUCUCUUCAUGAUCUUCAUGUCAUGUUGGUACCUUGGAGGGUCACAACUUUCUCAUGCACAGAAUGAUGCCAUCAAACCUGGCGAAGUUCUUGGUUACUCGCAGCGGUUGGUUUCAGCAGAUGGGAGAUUUGAGCUUGGCUUUUUCACUAUCAGCAGUCCGGAUCGUGGUUACUUGGGAAUACGGUACACAAAUGAUACCUUCAACUACCGGGUAUGGGUUGCAAACCGAGACAAACCUAUUUCAGUUGGUGAAGGAAAUCUGACCAUGGAUGCAGAUGGCCUGUUGAAGAUUCUGCACAAUGGAGGGAGUCCAAUUCCAUUGAAUGCUAACAAAACAGCACCAAACUCGAUUGCUACUCUCGAGAACUCGGGCAACUUCUUGGUGAAAGAGUUGAAUCCUGAUGGAUCUACCAAGAGGAUGUUAUGGGAAAGUUUUGAUUAUCCGACAAACACACUUCUGCCUGGGAUGAAACUUGGCAUCAACUACAAAACAGGGCAAGAAUGGACACUUACUUCAUGGUUAACAAGCCAAAUCCCUUCAGCCGGAGGCUUUUCUCUUGAAUGGAACCUUACAACAAACGGAACAAGACGGUUGAUCAUGAGACACCGAGGGGAUACGUAUUGGCUUAGUGGGAUAGGGAUCAGUAGCAGCUCCAACCCUGGGAAUCUUGUUAUGCCUUUUAACGCUGACUAUUACAAUUUUAGUUAUGUCUCUAAUAAGAAUGAGAGCUAUUUCAGUUAUUCUGCUCCGGGUAUGCGUAUUUCGAGGUUGGUCUUGACCUCAGACGGGCAACUUACUGAUUUUCCAAACCUUGCUUUUGUCAGCAGUAUCAUGUGUUUUGGUUAUUCCUCCGCUCAAGGGUGUGUGCAGCAGAAUUCACCCAAUUGCAGAAAUAGCAGUCAAAAGUUUGAGCAGCGUAGGGGUUAUUUUAUUUCAUCGUCACCUCAUUUGGAUGAGAACUUAAGCGUCAACUUAUUUGAUUGCAUGGAUCGAUGCUGGAGUGAUUGUUCAUGUGUUGGUUAUACGACACUUCGCAAUAAUGGGACUGGAUGCCGAUUCUAUAGUGGUGAUUUUGAAGAGGAUAAAACUGGCAAUCUAGAGCAAUUCUAUGUUCUAACUGACAUGCCAAAAACUGGAGAACCCAGAAGAAAGAAGGGUGUAUGGUGGAUAUGGAUCAUAGUAGCACCAGUGGGCGCUCUAGCUAUAUCAAUAUUGGCAUGCUUUUUAUGGAGGAAAAAACUUCAUUGGGACCAGGAAAGAGAUCGAGAAUCCACAUUAUUUACAUUGACAUCUUCAAGGAGAUCUGGAGACACAUUUGAGAUUAAGAAUGAUGGGAAGGGAGGUCAUGAUUUGAAGAUAUUCAAUUUUCAUUCCAUUGUAGCUGCUACUGACAACUUUUCCACUAAAAAUAAACUUGGGGAAGGUGGUUUUGGUCCUGUUUACAAGGGAAACUUACCUGAGGGGCAAGAGAUAGCUGUUAAGAGACUUUCGAGGAGUUCUGGACAAGGAUUAGUGGAGUUCAAGAAUGAGCUUAUACUCAUUGCCAAACUCCAACACAUGAAUCUUGUUAGGCUUUUGGGUUGUUGUGUUAAAGGGGAUGAGAAGAUGUUGAUCUAUGAAUAUAUGCCCAACAAAAGCUUGGACUUUUUCCUCUUUGAUCUACAGAAAAGGGAGCUUCUGAAUUGGGAACGACGUUACAACGUUGUUGAAGGGAUUGCUCAAGGGCUUCUUUACUUGCACAAGUAUUCUAGGCUAAGAAUUAUUCAUAGAGACUUGAAAGCAAGUAAUAUCUUGCUUGAUAAUGAUAUGAACCCCAAAAUAUCUGAUUUUGGCAUGGCCAGAGUUUUUGGCCGAAAUGAUGCCGAGGCCAAUACACAGAGAGUAGUAGGAACAUAUGGUUAUAUGUCACCAGAGUAUGCCAUGAGAGGUAAGUUUUCAGAGAAGUCAGAUGUCUAUAGUUUUGGAGUGUUGAUGUUGGAGAUCGUGAGUGGGCAGAAGAACAAUGGCAUUGAUCAUCCUGAGCGCGCCCUGAGCUUAGUAGGAUAUGCUUGGGAAUUAUGGAGAGAAGGUAGAGGUUUGCAGCUAAUAGAUUCAACUCUGGUUGAAUCUCAUUCUCAACACCAAAUCUUAAGAUGCAUUCAUGUGGGUCUCUUGUGCGUACAAGAGUUGGCAAUGGAUAGGCCUACCAUGUCUGAUGUUAUUUCUAUGCUUGCCAAUGAAACUUGGCCUCUUCCCAUUCCAAAACAUGUGGCAUAUUCAACUAAGAGAAAUUUGGUAGAGGAAAGUUCACACAAAGAAGAAGAAAGUUGUUCGACCAGUAUGACAAUUACAGAGAUGGAUCCCCGCUGAAGAUGGAAACAUCAACACAACAGAUUCAAAAGGGUGAAAGAAAGGUUUUGUUUGUUCCAAGAACUUUGCGUAAAUAUUAUGAAAUAUUAUGGUAAUAUUUAGGUCUGUUCAUCCGGGCUGGAUUUUUUCUUGGCUCGGUCCAGAACCUGGAUAUCCGGGUUUCGAUUACAGGCUCCGACCCGCAUAGAAAAACCUUGGUACACCCAAUUCGGGUAAUUUUUUUUUUCUUUUCUGUUUGAAUGUUUUGCUUUUCUUUUAUUCCUUUCUAGCAACUAAAUAGACAAAAACUCAAAAGGAAAAUGUAUAUUUUGUCCAAUGAAUCAUCCAUUUUAUAG